AUGUCAUCAGAUUCUGACCCAGUUGAGGCUCUUCUAGUUAAGCAUAGGAAGGAGCUUCGUGAUUUAACAGCCACUAUAACAAGUCUCAAAAAGCAAGCCACGAAGAAAACUAGGAAAAAUGUGCUAAGCAAUUGUAGUCGAAUGGAAGCAGAGUUGAAAGAAAAGCAGGCCUCGGAGCUAUCCGACUUGAAAAGUGGGAGUGGGUCUGGUGUGGGAGAAAACGAAUACGAUGAAAUCACACCCGAAAAAUUACUUGCUUCGAUGCAGUUGUCAGAAAAUAGUGAUAAUACCACAAAUUUGGCAAAUGUGGGUAAAAAUGUAAGUGAAGAAACUAUGAAUAAUAGCAUAUCAAAAAGCCCUGUAGAAAAGGUUCAAGAAAAUGCUCCUGCGGGUCCCAAAAAAAGGAAUAGACAAAAGGAGAGAUUGGCAAAGCGUCAAGCAGAAAUCGAUAGGUUGACAGAGGAAGCAAGACUCGAGGCAUUAAUAGUUCCUGACUAUAAGAAAUUAGAACUGGAAGCUAUGGCAGCUGCAAUUGAAGAAAAGGGGUUGACCUUGCAUGAGAUUCAACCUGAUGGGAAUUGUUUGUUUUCGUCAUUCUUGGACCAAUUAAAUAAUAUAGACAUAGAGGGAGAUGAGAAUAAUGCGGAUGAAAUUACAAAGAUCAUAGGGACUGGACUUCUGAUCAAUGACCUCCGCCGUCUUGCUGCUGAGUACAUGCUAAAAAAUAAAGAUACAUUCGUGCCUUUCAUGUACAAUGAACAGACAGAUGAAUUGGAAGAUAUUGAAGAGUACUGUCAUCAACUCACCACCACCUCUAUGUGGGGAAGUGAUAAGGAAAUUCUUGCUUUUCUGGAAAUUUUCAAACGUAACGUCGACGUAUUGAGCUACGAUGUGAAAGGAAACAAAGUCACUUCACUAGUCAUAGGAAACGACUCAUUUGCAUCCCAUCCGCCAUUGAACAUUGCAUACUACAAACACUGCUAUGGGCUAGGAGAGCAUUACAAUAGUUUAAGAGAAUAA